ACCACUACCGGAAGCUCGGUUGCCAUGGCGACGGCCGGCCCGGCCCCGCGGCUCCCCGCCGCCAUGUCCCUGAGCAAGAACCUGGUCCUGUCGCGGGCCAAGGCCUCGGACCUCGACAACGUCAGGAAGCUCAACUGCUGGGGUAGCAAUCUGAAGGAUCUGUCCGUAUUAAGGAACAUGCCCAACAUAGAAGUGAUUACCUUUAGUGUGAACAAUAUCUCUUCAUUGGUGGACUUCCAAUACUGUCAGAACAUCAGUGAGCUUUACCUCAGGAAGAACAACAUACAAAACCUGAUGGAGAUCUGCUAUCUGAAGGGACUGCACCGCUUAAGAGUGCUGUGGCUGUCUGAAAACCCUUGCUGUGGCACAGAUCACCACAAAUAUAGAAUGACUGUUCUUCGGAACCUGCCACAACUGCAGAAGUUGGAUAACCAAGCGGUGACCGAGGAGGAGCUGACUCUGGCUUUAGAGGAUGGAGACGAGAUGGCUGCCUUGCCGGGCAAGGAACCUAUGGAGUCAACAAUCAGCCUCUCGAGGAUGGAGUCUGGCAUGUCUGAACCAAGCAUUGAAAUGGAAAGCGAUCUCUUAAGCUUCAGAAUGGAGGAGACAAAUAAAAUCAGAGAAGAGCUGGGAAUGAAACUGCUGGGAAGAGACAAGUUUUCCUCCUCUGUUGCAUUAAAAGAAAUAAAUACAAGGAACAGCACCAGAAGGCGUACUUCCAACGUGCUGAGUGCUGUUCUGAUGCUGUUGAAAGAGCUGGAUGCUGAUGGGCUGCAGAUUGUGCAUAGGACAGCAGAACAUAAACUCCAAAUGCUGCACAGGAAGGAGACUGAACAGGAGAGAUGAGCACGACCGACUUGCAUCGCUUGUGGACACGGUUACAAAAAUUCAAUAGUUUCUCGCCAGGAGUUUAUACUGAAAGUACUCCUUUCAAGUACCCGCAAGUUACUUACCUGCAUCAACCCCUGUGGAGACCACCACCCCUUAUAAUCACUGAGGUUGGCCUGACGGGAGGAUCAGAAUUCACCAGUCGCAUGGGCAACGAUGUUUAGGUGGAAGAGGAAAGUUCUGCUGCUGUGUGUGAGUUAGCUUCGUAAUAAAAAAAAGAUUGGGCACGAGGGAAAAAUUGCAGAACCAUUUUAUCUAAAUUAACAUUUGCAAGAGAUUUAAUGGACAGCCCCUUUCAUGGAUUCAUGAUAGUAAGAUCCACAUAUAUUGAAAGCGGGGAGCAGGAAGAAAUAGUGAAUUCAAGUUGAAGUGUAUUUAAAAUGGUCAUGUAUAUUUGUUCUUAUCACUUUACACACGUUGAACUUUGCCAUCCAAUAUCCUGUGAUCUGAACUAGGUCUAGAAAUUGUAAGCUCAGGUAUGGAGUUCUAUCUACCCAAUUACCUCUGGCUAUUCAGUGCACUAUUAAUGAUUUGGCAAAAUAGAUUAUUCAUUCCGCACAGACCAAUGUUGCAUGAGUUACUGCUGCAUGUGGCUUUCACAUUACUCCAUCAAAAUAAAAUUAUUUUAGAUUCAAAAUCAAUUGUAAUCUCCAUGUUUGACAACUGGAAUCGAAAAAUGUUUCAAAGCUGUUGUGAUUAUUCAAGUCUUGGGUUGUUUGGAUUUUCUAUCCACACCAUUGAAACAUUGCAGAGAUAUUUAUUCAUUAAAAAUUGUUACUUUGAAUUCAAAAAUAUGAAAAUAUAUCAAGUGGGAAACCACAAUUGCUACGGGAAAUGUAAUUGAGUGAGGAUUGUUUAACAAAAAUGAAAUAACCUGC